AUAACUUAGUAAGGGUAGCAAUGUUUCUUUUUGAGGUUUGUCACUUAAUGCUUUAAUAGUGAACACCAAAACUUUGACUUCUGUUCAAGGAGGACUGGAUAUUAGAUACUUUUAGAACCAAGUCCAGUUGAUUACAAAAGCUUAUACAGUGCCUACCAGAGAACACAUUUAUGUAGCAUAUAUCUGAAUGGAUUUUGACAGAACAUUUCCCAUCAAGUUGCGAUCUCCAUGGAGUUAUACCUGAAAACAUGCUUUCUGUUAUUGCACUUGUAUAUGUAUGUGGACAGAGCCUUGCGUGUUCAGACUUCCUUCAGUGAGUUGCUCUAGGAACCCCUAUCAAAGAUCAUAAUUAUCGUUUGGAAUUGCCUUCAUCUGCUUUAGCCUUCAUCUAGAACAGAGACAGAGCUGCGCAGUUAUUACUAUGCAGUUUGGAUUCUUUUUGGUGGUGAUCAUUUUAAACUCCAUGGAUUACACCGGCAGUCAUGUCUUGAAGGGAAGAAGGCAAAGACGAAUAAGCACGGAGGUAACCCCAGUUUGUCCAAAAGGGUGUGAGGUAUGCUCGGAGUACAAUGGAUGUCUAAAGUGUUUGCCUAAAUUGUUCAUCCUUCUGGAAAGGAACGACAUUCGGCAGACAGGCAUUUGUUUGCCAUCAUGCCCAGUUGGAUACUUCGGUGUUCGGACGCCAGAGAUGAACAAGUGCAACAAGUGCAAAAUUGAGAACUGCGAGGCCUGCUUCAGCAGAAACUUUUGUACUAAAUGUAAAGAAGGACUGUACCUGCAUCGAGGGAAAUGUUAUGACAGCUGUCCAGAGGGGUUUGCAGCCACAAAUGGCACCAUGGAGUGUAGCCAUGCUGCUCAAUGUGAAUUGAGUGAGUGGAGCCCCUGGGGCCCAUGCACCAAAGGACGGAGGACAUGUGGUUUCAAAAGAGGGACAGAAGUAAGGACCAGGCAGUUGCUCCAAGGACCUUCAUCAGAAGACGUGACUUGUCCCCCAACCCGAGAGAGCAGACGUUGCACUGUGCAAAGGAAGCCUUGCUCAAAUGGCGGUUACGGUCUUUAUGCAAUUGCAGUCAGGAAUUUCUAG